AGAGAGAGAGAGAGAGAGAGAGAGAGAGAGAGAGAGAGAGAGAGAGAGAGAGAGAGAGAGAGAGAGUUAUUCUCGACGUUAUUUCUGUAUAAGAGAGGUCUAGCCAGUUUCCCUAGUGGACUUAAUUCAUUAAGGUAGCAGCACGACAGGGAAAACUGUGUGUGUGUGUGUGUGUGUGUAUGUAUAAGCCACUACCAUUGUGUUACGUCAACGAGCGGGGAGCUGCACUAGUGGUCUUUGGUGGCCUUGACGCGGACCCAUGUUAGAGUCGAAGUGAAAAUGUCAAUGUAUCCAUUUUAGUGUGUUUAAAACAUGCCUUAUUGUACCAUAAUAAAAAAAAAUCUUUGACUGUUCUGUUAUGUUUUAGGGAGGAGCUCCUGCUAUUUGUUAUUACAGGCAUGUCCAGAUUUCCUGCGUGACACCGCAGUGCCAUAUUGCAGGUAACGUUUGGCGGGGAAUAGUACUGGGAAUACAAGGUGGUGUUAAACUGGUUGUCUUUGUCACGCAGUGCGACGAAACUAAGGCAACAAGCACUUAAUUAUGCAUCAUGAAGGGAGCGGCAGAGCAUUUUGUGUUACCUACACAUUUUGCACAUAAUCAACGGUGAUGCGUGUGUUGACUAAACGAUGUCAUUGUGGUGGCAGGGCGUGUGGUGACUCGUGGAAGGGUUGGAAGCGUGGGCCAUGCGGGAACCAUGCGGGCACGGCGUUACCCGGUCUGGGGUCGAGCAGCUGCCUAUCACAACCCAUCAUCAAUGUUAUGCUUCUUCGUUUAGCUUCAGAAUAACCGCUGGGCGUUCUAGUGACUUCACAGUAGUGUAAGUUGUCACAGGCAUGGCUGCUUACCUGCGUUUACGUUUUUCUUUUCUUUUUUUUUUUCAAAAGCGAGCAUGUUGUUUUGUCGAGGAAUUUUAGGAAGUGUCUGGUAACUGUAACAGCUGGUAUUGCGUGUGUUAGUAUUGAACAGCUUGAAGGCUUUACAUUUUUCUUAAUUUUAAGUAUGAAAGCCUUGAUUCGUGCGUUUUCCCUGGAGUGACAAGGGUGUAGGAUUUUCUAGAGCCGUUCUACCUGAGAGGCGUGAGGCGCUCACAGGAUUGUGAGGCAGAGAAGCCACGCCGGUCAUGAGACACAACGCGCCGUCCGCGACAAAGGAUCGUCCCUUACGACCUUGGUAGAUUUAAAGCCACCAGGACAUAAACUUAUUCAUAUGAAUAGUUGAGAUGCAAUGUAGUACAAUAGCAAUCUGAAAGUUGGGUUCAUGUUGGUUAUAUACCCCUGUGUGGACUAACUCGCAGCGGUCGCGAAAAUUUUGUAGCUUUAAACUCGCCCCCAAAAGGGCCAAGCCUGUUCGUGUGUGGUGCAGACUGGUAAUCUGGAGGUGUACGAUGCGUACAGUUUUAUGCCGUGCUCUUAUCUUACUCCUAUUUCCCCUUAGAGUACCUGUCUUUCAUAUUUGGUAAAUCGAUUUUGUUAAUGCAUAAGUUGCGAAGUAAUAAUGAGAUAAAUGAUCGCUGAUCAGCCUACAAUCGAUCAUGAAUAUAGCAAGUGGUGCGGCAGGGGCGGUGGGUGCCGGAGGGCGGUUACUGCGCAUGCGUGAUGGGUGCGGCUGUGGCGGGAGAUCAGCUGGGGUGCGAGGAGUUGUCGCUCGCCGGCUGGCCAAACACAGUGGCGAUCCAUAGCUCUCGCGUUCUGUGCAGGUGUUUCCUGUGUAGUUGAAGCCUACCUAGUGAAGUGACACCAUGGUUACCAACAAGGAGAGGGAAAUAAUAAUUGAGGCUAUCCGGGUCCUCAGGUCUCGUCGAGUGAGACCUAGUGCUCGAAAAAUUGCCUGGUAUGUCAGGCGUGAACACCUACUGUCGGAGGCGACGACGGAGGCGGUACUUGACGAGCUCGUGGAAAGUGAGGAUGUACUGCGCGUGGAAUAUAAAGGUGCAACCUCGUAUCGUGUUGCAGCGUCGUGGUCCAAGGCUGCCCUUGUUCGUCGCCGGCCCACACGUACUAAAGUUAAUGUUAUGAACAGUGAGGCAACCUGUCGCGCACUGCGGAUGGCAGUGGAGGCAUGCGAUCCGGGCGGCGCCAGCAAGAGCCAAAUCGAGGAAAAGUUGGUCGCCUUAGGGCAGGGACGUUUGGUGGACAAACUGGACGUGCUGCUUCAUCGCGAAAUACGUGCUGGUACACUUCUGCGUGUAGAGACAACACACCGCACCGCCACGCUCAUCACCUACGUGGUACCUGCCGACGCCCCUCAACCUCCUCCCUCGCCUCCCUCUCCUACUCCCGAGUAUGAGUAUAACGAGGAGACAUACCCUGUCGAGGAAAUGAUCGAGGAAGUCGAAGAGGAGGAUACACAGGAGACUAAAGACAACGUUAUGGAUAUUAAAGAAGAACCAUUAGAUGAACAGCUGGUCGCGUCUCAUUCAGCCAAGGAGCCCUCCCUGAAGCGAGGCCUGACAGGCCGGCGGCGCGGGCGACCCCCACUCAAGAGUUACUCCAUCCAUCCUUCCUCGUCACGGGGUCGAGCACCAUCACGCCGCAACAAGAGAGCUAAGAAAGUGUUUGACCCCAGCGAGGGAGGGUUGAACGUCGCGGGUCGCAAAAAAGCCGUCCACCGGUGUGAUGUGUGCUUCCAGACGGUGGGGCAGCACACUGUGCAGGAGGACCUCUUGGUGUGUCACAGAUGCUCGGCAAGAGCUCAUCCAAGCUGUUUGGGGUACAGUGCCGAGUUGGCCGUUCGCAGUCGGCUAGGACCAUGGACGUGCAUGGAUUGCAAACAUUGUGCUAUAUGCAACAUGGACCACAAUAUUGGUACACUGAUAUUCUGCGACGAGUGCGACAGAGCAUAUCACCUUACCUGCCACCAGCCUCCCCUGAACGAGCAGCCACAGGGCUCCUGGAUAUGCUUUGCAUGUUCUCCACACUCUUCACAAAAUCCAUAUGAUUGCCUGCCUGGUCUUCCAACUCCACGAGACUCUCCAGUACCUGAUGAUGAAAGCCGUGGCUCAAGUGGUUCCUGGGACAACAAUAUUUAUGACCCAGAGGUGCCCAAUGUUACACUCUGGACUGUGGAGCAAAUCAUCGAAUACUUCAAUGAGAAAGGAUUUAAGACAGUCUCAGACGUCUUCAAAGAACAGGACAUUGAUGGGACGGCGCUGCUGAUGCUCACUCGCUCAGAUGUGCUGAUGGGCCUCAACCUGAAGCUUGGGCCAGCACUGAAAGUAUACAAGCAUGUGAGGAUCCUCCAAACCAGACUCACAAACCCUCCCCUCCCUGGACUGUAGGCUAAGGUAGACUUAAAAUAUGUGGUUAAAAAGUUAUGUUGAAUGAAAGUUUAUACAUAUCAUAUUUAUUGCUGAUAUUCAGAUUCCAGCUGAAGUUUUUAAUGAGAAAAUCUGUAGUCAUGAUUUGUUGUAAUUCUAUAAAAAGAAAACUUGAUAUUUUAUAUAUUGUUAACCAAAUUCGAAGAUCAUAUUAGAACAGUAGCUGACUGAGAGUAAUUAUGGGAUACUUUACUUUCCAUGGGUUGAAAGUCUAUAUUUUUAUGUGAACCAUCUAAUCUAUCCAUAAUAUUUAUAAUUAUUGAAGUAACUAUUUAAUUUAUUUAUUUAUUUUGAUAUUUUUCUGGAUCUUCAAAUUCUGCAAAAGUAUUGAGAAUUUCAGGACUGGUUCUUGGAUUUUUGACACAUGGUGUUUGUACAGUGAGUUGAUAUUAAUAUUUUCUUUAUAUCACUAAACAUGUUACAUAUUUGCCAUCCAUUUAGUGCUUUGUAACUAGAGUAGGGAACCAGGUGCUAUCUUCUGGUCUCUGCUGAAGCCUAGCUAUUUUGUUGCCGAACAACCAGGAGGUAUUUCUUUAAGCAGUUUAUGAUUUUGUUGAUGUUUUAUACAUGCGAGUUGUUCAUUCAGAGUUUUGCAAUAACCAAUAACUUUUUUUUUUUUUUUUUUUUUUUUUUUAGCAGAGCAUGGUAUACUAACUUCUGUGAUUUCUUCUUUUUUACGAGUACUAGUGUUGAUAUAGUCAGAGUGAUGUCAUUUGUUUCAGACUGAAUAUUUCCUGCAGUCUUAAACCACUUGCUUUCAUCAUCCAUCAGUUUUCUUGCAUACAUCUGUCUUCAUUAUUUUUUUCCUAAGCAAAAGGUUGUUAGUUGGUGUUUUAUAAUUCAUAGUUACAUAAAAAAAAUAAUAGUAACAAUUUGAAUUUAUUAAUUCUAUCUCUUGAUUAAUUUCAGUUAUUAAUUAAUUAUUAAUCAAUGAAAUUAAUUAAUAGCAAGUUUUAUGAUAAAAUAACUCGGGUCUUGACUUACCUUGCCUGUUUCCGUAAAGAAAUAAAGCUUUUAAUUCUUUUUCUUAAUUUUGACAUUGGCACAAGGUACUACAACCAAAUUUUUUUGAAGAAUGCCAGUAUGAUUUAUAAAUCAUUUUAGUUUUCAUAGAAAUGUCACCACAAUGUCAAGCUGUGUAGAUAGUUUAUCUUUAAAAUGAAUACCCUUCCCAAUUCUGUACCGAUAAUAAUAGCUUUCCACUGUGAUACAUUUUUAUAUGAUGGCAUAAGUUGAUAAUGUGGCAUUAUUUGUGAAACUUAAUUAAUUUCCAUCAUUUUCAUACUGUGUGAAUUUGUGUGUUAACCGAAAGUUUGGUGGUUUAGCCCCACCUGGGGGUGCUGUGUUUGUAUGGAUUAGUCAGAGCCAUAUGUAGGUAGAGUGACCAUGUGCUCCUCCAGACACUAUCUUGUCUCAAUGCUGCUCAUGCUCACUACCUCCUACCCAGCACUUCUGCCUGAACAGGGAUAAAGCACCAAUUGAUACAAAGGGUAGUUUUUGAAAUGACACCAACUUGUGAUUGGCCAGGAGCACUGGGUAGAAGGCAGUGAGCAUGAGCAGCAUAGAACCAAAGUGGUGUCUGAGAAGUGAGUGGCUAAACUGUCUAUCUAUGGUUCUUUAAUGAGUACUUGUGAGUGCAGUAGCAGUCUAAAUUGAUAGUUUUCUAGAAUCAGCAGCCAAAGUUGAUUUCGGUAAAUAUUGAACACCACUUGAAAAUUUAUGCGAGUUUGUAUAUGCAAUGCAAGAUAAGUAUACAUGUGUAAUUGUGAGUUGACUGGUGCACAUGUGUGUGCUUGUAUGUGUUGUAUAUCCAAGUGUUUUCAUAGAAAACAGUCAACAUGAUUUAACUUUGGUAUCAUAAAAAAAUGAAGUAAUUAGCCCCAAAGAUUUUAGUUAUAGUUCUUAUUGCCAUAUUGUGCAACACAUCCAUCAAUUCAGGUUGCCAUUUUCAACCUCUUUCUGCCGUGUUCCGUUUUUGUUAUGUUUUAAUUCAUAUUCAAUAGAUCUAAUCUUUGGAGGAGGCAGUAGAAAACACACUACCAGUGGACACAUGACAUGGAUGUGUUUAGUAGGUGGCGUGCACAAGAGUAACUGUUCACCAUCACAAUGGGGUUACUUUCCUUUUUGCUGGAGGGCCAACAAAACAACACGUGUCAGCGGCACGGAGGCGAAGGUGGAGAUGGCUUCUUUUUCUUCUGGAGUGUUUUAUGGGGCUAGUUAAGCUGUGUCUGUCUUGCAGCACAAACACAGAACAGGUCAAAAGAAGAAGAAGUGCGGUUUGUUUUGUUGGCCCUCCAGCGGAGCUCGGCCUGAGCUUGUACUUGACGAGUUGUGCACGCCACCUAUAGUUUCUGCUGCAAUCAUUUCACUCUCUCAUUUGCUCUUUAAUAUUUUUUUAUUUUCUUUCUUUGUUUUAUAUAUUAUUUCUUAAUAGUUUCACUUUCUGCCCUUAUCCAUAAAUUUACAUAUAUUUAACACUUGUGCCCUUGUAUUUAGUUUAUUUCUUACCAUGAAUCUUGACAACAUCAAUUUUUUUAAUGUUCAGUUGACCAGGCUUAUCUACUAUUUAAAUCCUUCUACACAUCAUUGAUUUAGCAUCAAUCAUAUUCCAAUUGCAUAUUUACUAAGUGGCUCAAGACAUACACACAUUACUAUUGAACUGAUUUUUAUUUAAAAUUAAUCGCUAUUUACUGAGACUGCCAUAUGUGUCACACCUCCACUCUGAAUAGAUUUUUUCUCCCUAUUCUAUAUCCUCUACAUCAUGAAUAUAUUCAUAGAGCUUCUCACAGUCCAUCAUAGUUUGAAUCUUUCACAUGUUCUGAAAGGCCAUGUUGAACUUGCUUUCUUUUCUACUCACUACACUAGUUAACUGAUAGCAAAAAUAUGAUCACCAAUCUUCUAAUGUAUUCCUUUUGUGUGUGUGUGUGUGUGUGUGUGUGUGUGUGUGUGUGUAUGUAAGAGUACAUACAUGCAUAUUUGCAUCUGUGCAUAUAUUCCUGCCCACAUACCUGUGUGCAUUAACAAUAAUAUCAAUGUAUAAGAUGGACCUCUGCCAGUACCUGUUAAUAUUAUGUAUAUGGAAUUGUUUACAUGCAGGAGGUCCCAUUUUUGCAUUGCGUUGUGAGCAUCGUUGAGGGAGACUGUACUACUGUAUGUAGCAUGUUACAAUAAUUAAGGUUGUAUAUAGUGUACAUAGUUGGAUUUGCUCCAUAAUGAAACAAGUUAAUCAGCCUAAAGAUAAACCACAAUUUGCAAUAUAUUUUUAAUGUAAAAUAUAGAUCUGUUUAAAGUUAGGGAUCUUGAGCAUAAGCACCAAUGUUCAUUGGUUACUGAAGGAAAUAGAGUUUUAUAGUGCAACAAAUCAGACCUUGAUGGUAUGUAACCAGAUUCCAGCUUGAGUAAAUGCUAAUAGUUUUUUGUAAAUGUUUUCCAAUAAAACUAAAUCAUUA